AUGGCGGCUCUCGCCAGCUCGUUGAUCCGCCAGCGGCGGGAGGUGAAGGACCCCCAGGCCAACCGGCAGGUGGCCAACAAGAGGAAGCCGUGCCCCAAGGCCAACAAGUCCCUCCUUUACGACCAGGUCUACCUCGACAAGGCAGCAGUCCCUACCUUUGCCAGGGCUGAAGCACAUCACCCUCAACUGCAACCUCGGCACCUCACACAGAAGCAACAGAGAAACGGACACCCCGCCCAGAAUGGUAAGACACCCCCCCACCCCUCCAAGAAGACUCACUUCCAGACCACCAGCCACAUCCCCACCCCAACCAGUCGACCACACCCCAAACAAACCCUAGCCACACCCUAUAUAGCCCCCCCAGAGCCCCAACUGAAAGGUAUCGUCACAAGACUCUACAACCGGCAUGGCUUCUACCUCCAGAUGCUUCCGGAUGGCACCAUGGACGGCACAAAGGACGAAAGCAGCUCCUUCUUGCAGUUCAACUUGAUUCCUGUGGGACUGAGGAUAGUAGCCAUCCAGAGCACUAAGACAGGGCUCUACAUUGGGAUGAACAGCGAUGGAUACCUCUACACCUCAGAACACUUCACCCCAGAGUGCAAGUUCAAAGAGAGUGUGUUUGAGAACUACUACGUGACGUACUCGUCAAUCCUGUACCGGCAGACCCAGUCGGGCAGGGCCUGGUACAUCGGCAUCAACCGGGACGGACAGGUCAUGAAGGGCAACAGGGUCAAGAAGACCAAAGGGGCGGCCCACUUCCUGCCCAAACUCAUAGAAGUGGCAAUGUACAGGGAGCCUUCGCUGCAUGAAGUGGUGGUGGUCGCCGAGCUGAGUCCGCCCAGAAAAACGGCCAAGACCUCCGAUUCGCCCGUGCUGCAGAACGGCAAGAAAGACCCGCCCUCCAAACCCAAAACUUCCUAGCGCACGGAGAAGACAGGGGGCAAUGGGCACUGACUGGCACUGGCACUGACUGGCGAACAAAGUCUUCCUGUUUUUAUUACAAAGGGGUGUCACCGUCAAAUGUUUCCCCCCUGCCCCACCGAGCAGCGCGUAGAGGGGGCCGUAUUGUUCUAUAUGCCCACAGGUUUCAUCCAUACUAAUGUAAGGUUGACCAAGGAUGUGAAAUUUCACUCUAUUCCGUUUAUAGUGCACUACUUCUGACCAAAGCUUGCACAGGACUCUGGUCAAAAGUAGUGCACUAUAAAGGGAAUUCGGGUGCCACAUGGGACGUGUUCCCAAACACCCUGUUGUUCUCUUCACAUCUGUUACCAGGUAUUCUCUGUCCGUCAGCACCUUUGUGACCAUAGCGAUCCGCUCCAUACUUAAGCAAUGAUGUGGAGGUUCUCUUUUCUUUUUUUCUUUCUCUCGUUUGAUUUGAUUAGUUUGUGACACGGAGUCAAUUUUCCACUCGGCAGCACAAGAGAAACUUCCUCGUUCUUCUCUAGGGCUGUUAACAGCAGCUCUCUAAUCAAAAUCUCCCAUACCUCUUGAAAGAGAGAGAGGAACCUCCCCACUGCACUGCAUUGAACUACACACAUACACACACACACACCCUGCUGAGAGAGAGUGGUGAUUGUGUGCGGGUCAGGGCUUAAGGAAUGGUAACGAUACCAUCAGUGAGAUGGUGUGAGUCUCUGAGAAUCUGUUUGCAAUACACCCUCCUAUCACUACAACACAAUGUAUAAUUCCUCUAGCUCAUGCCUUCAGCCAGGGAGAUACAUACUGUAGGGCCCACAGCAGGUCAGUGGCACCUUAAUUGGGGUGGACGGGCUCGUGGUAGUGGCUGGAGCGGAAUGAGUGGAAUGGUAGCAAAUGUGUUUUCAUGUGUUUGAUGCCAUUCUAUUUGCUCCGUUCUGGGCAUUAUUAUGAGCCAUCCUCCCCUCAGCAGCCUCCUGUGCCGUAGGCCUAUUGUGGUUUUGUUUGAGUGUUUUUGUAGCUGUGUAUGUUAUUGCAGGACAGUUGUGGUUCUUUCCUGAGGGCUACAGCCUCUUUAUGGAAUUAUCAGGCCAAACAGACUGGCACCCAGGCUAAUAACCUCCUGGUUCCAUGUUUAUUUCUGUUGUUGAUCUCAACUUCCGAUGUAAUAACCAACUAGUACGCACUGAACCUCUUCAACACAUGAUCCACUAUCCUGAGCAGACCAUAGUUAUUUUGAGCCUCCUUUACUGCACCCUACACCAUCAUGUCUGGUCAUUGCCCAUAGCAACGUCAUUGUUGUACAGUAUGAAAUCUGUUGUUUUGUUGAUGUUGACAGCGCCAGUUACAGGUUGCUAAUACUCGAUGGCUGCAUCCGAAAUGGUACUGACCAGAGCUCUGGUCAAAGGUCAAGCAAUACAGGGAAUACGGUGCCUGUCGUUGACAUGCGUCUGUCUACAAGACUAUGAUGUUUUCAUUUUAUUUUACCUUGAUGUGGUUACAGGAGGGAUUGGAGUUCCCAUCCCAAAUGGAAUGUUAGGUCACACUUUAUUUGGAUAAUCCGGAUUUAUGGUCAUACUGUCAACAAACUAUCUGUUGAUGAGCAACUACUUGUUAAGGUUACAAUUAGGGUUAGAAUAAGGGUAAGGUUAGGGUA